AUGACUCCAAUCAAAGAUGGCGUCGCGCGGCAACUAAACCCAUCAACAACCCAAGAAUUUCCAGAGUAACCGUUCUCACCCGAAGAUCCAGGAGUGAUGAUGGCCUUUGAGGAGAUAAAGAAGAAAGGAAUGAUGGAUAUGUCGGGGAUGGAAGGAGACAUUGGUCUUGUUGCGGGUCGCAGUCAGAGGGAGAAGAGGCGGUCGUAUAAAGAUCUGCUGAGAGAGGAAGAAGAAAUCGCAGCGCAGGUGCGCAAAACUUCCAAGAAACCACACAAGGACUCAGAUCUUUUUCUGUUAGGGACAGAUUCUCACAAGAAGAAGAAGAAGCACUUGAGUGAUGAAUACUACCACAGAGAUCAUCACAGCUCCGGUCAGCCCGCACACAAGAAGAAGCGCAAGUCUUCGGAUCACUCGCCUUCCUUAUCCUCCUCAUCCUCCCACCCGUCCCACUCCACAGACACAGCCAUGGGCCUCCUGGAGGCCAUCACCUCCCCACUGGCCACAGGCUCUGACCCCGCCCCUCACCUUCAAAAAAAGCCCUCCUACCCCCCUCACGCCUCAUCCCACUCCUCCUCCAAAGACCGCAAGCGAGAGGGGGGCUCCAAAAGCGGCCAUUUUCACUCCCAUUCGCGCCCGCCCGGCUCGUCUUCAUCUAAGAAACAUUCCUCGAAAUCGCUGCUGUUUCAUGGAGGAGCGGGGAAAGGCGAACCGCUGACCCUCUGCGAAGCUGAAGGUCUGAAGAUGAAGCUCAUCCUUUCCGCGAAGGAGAAGAAUGAGGGUGUAAUGACAAACGAGGGAUUCUCCUUUCCACCUCACACAUCUUCCUCAUCGUCAGGAGCCGUGGGCCAUCAUUCGUCCUCCGGCUCGAAGAAAGUAGUGAUGAAGAAGGAGAAGGAGAAAGACAGAUCAUCAAAGCCACCAAAGAAGAAACAGCACAGUCGAGAGCCGUUGCCUGUGGUGGGGAAAGAGGUGGAGGUUGUUGGUCAUUAUGGCGGCUCUUUCGGCGGGGCGAGAGGAGACAGCUCAUCGUCUGGAGGCGAACUGGAGGCCGGCGAGCUGGUGAUCGACGACUCUUACACGCACCUGUCAAAAAAGAAGAAAAAGAGCAAGAAGAGCAAAAAGAAAAAAGAUAAAGAACGAGACAGAGAUCGAGAGAAGGGGUCGAGAGAAAAGAAACACAGUAAAGGAGGAGGAAGUGUAGUGAAGAAAAGUCCAGGGGAUCAGUCUAGAAGCCACUCCCAUUCUCACAGCUCGUCCAAUCACAGCUCCUCUGGUGGGAUGUAUGCCAUGGCCCCUCCCACUUCAUCUCAUCUUCAUCCUCCUCAUCAUCAUCAUCAAAGCAUUGAAGUGAUGGGCGAGAAAAAGAAAAAGAAAGAGGACAAAGACAGAGAGAAACAUGAGAAGGACAAGCCAAAGAAGAAGAACACAACAGCAUAUCAGGUGUUUUGUAAAGAGUACAGAGUCAAUAUCAAUGCGGAGCAGCCUGGAUUAGUGUUUGGUGAGCUGAGUAAGAAACUUGCGGAGGUGUGGAAACAAUUACCUGAGAAAGACAAACUGGUUUGGAGACAGAAAGCUCAAUAUCUCCAGCACAAGCAGAAUAAAGCUGAAGCCAUGACGGUCAAACGAAAAAUCUCGACUACAUCCGACAGCAAAAGUAAAGGCUCCAGUAAAGCUCCUGGUUUAGGGACAGUACUGACCCCACAGAGUCGCUCGGCUCUGGGAAUGUCAUUGUCUCCCGCUCGGAUACCUGACGUUGACCCAAUAGAUGCAGCUGCUCACCUGCAGCUAUUGGGCGAGUCUCUGUCCCUCAUUGGACAUCGACUUCAGGAAACAGAGGGGAUGGUAGCGGUCUCUGGCAGUCUUUCUGUUCUUCUGGACUCAAUCUUAUGUGCUCUUGGUCCAUUAACCUGUCUGACAGCUCAGGUCCCACAGCUCAAUGGGUGUCCGAGGAACGUCCUGUCAAAUACUCUGGAUAACAUUGCUUACAUAAUGCCUGGACUAUGAAUCUCUGUACCUGGACUUACAUAGGACUGAAUUACAUAUGGAUGUCACAUUUCUAAAGCUCCAACUGAGGACCAGUUACUUUUUUAUUUUUCCUGAAUCCUGAUCAUGGUCAAACAAAGCAAUUAACGUGUUAAAAAAAAACUAUUUCAAAUGUUAGUCAUUUUUUAUUGUUGUAAAAUAUUUUUUUAAAGAACAUUUUUGAAGGUUGACUUUUAUGUUUUAGGUCUCCAAGUUUCAGUGUUGCAGUUUUUGUGUGCGUGCGUGUGUGUGUGUGCGUGCGUGAGUGUGUGUGCAUGUGCAUGGUCAAAUAUUUGUGAACUUAUGUUGUCAUGUCCAAAUAUGUGCAGUUUCAUUUUAGGACCAAAUGUUUUUAUUUCCUAAUUUAAUAUCGAGUUAAUUUAUACCAACCGUGUCAUACUUUCGUCAUAUUGCAUUUUCGAUGUAAAUGUAAUAUUAUAGUUUUAAUGUUUUUAGCAUGUUUACAAGAAAAGCAUGUAUAAAACUACUUUAAAAGUGCACUAAGUAUGUUCCUUAUAAAAUAAAUGAAAAGCACUUCUGACAAAUAUGCUUAAAACGGGACUUCAUGGUAACUAUACUGCGAUUAUACCCCCUACACAAACACUUGAACUCUUUCUAACAGACUACUUAUUGCACUUUUAAAGGUGUGGCCAUUUUAAACAAGUGAUCAUUAGUUUUAGAUGAUGAAAAUUGUAUAAUAUAUUUGCAUUGAUAUGUUUGUUCACAUUUUCAUCAGCUUAUUUGAAAAAAAGGUAUUUUCAUGAAAGUGCAAAGGUCUUGUUGAAUGGGCUUGUUUUAUACAAUGAAUAAAAUAAAAAGCUUUUAUGAAUAUAAAUGACACAUGCUGACACAUGAAAUUUAUACUGAAUUGUUUUUGCAUUAGGAUCUAUGUUGUUAAACCUUAAUCGAAAAUGUUUGAUACAAUGCUAUGACAUUAAGGGGCUUUCCUCAAACAAGGCUUAAGCCUAGUCCCAGACUAAAAUGCAUGUUUAAGCUGCCUUAAUUUAAAAAAAAUCU